UCAAGUUUGUAGCACAGUAUACGUAUUUAUUAUAAAUUUAAAUAAUAAAGUCUAUCAUUUAUUUCAUAAAAAAAAAUUUGACUUAAUUACUAAUUCAUUCUAUAUUCAGGUUGGAUCAAAACUAUAAUAUAAUAUUUAUUAAUACCUCAAGAAAAAUGGAUGAUAAUAAUGAAGAGCAAAAAUCAUUUUCUCCAAUUCAGUCUUCAUCUUAUAAUUAUUCAGAAUCUAGUAAAAAAUCUAGUCUCCCAAUAUUCAGUACUCAUACUCCAGGAAUAUUUGGCUCUGCGAGAGGAAUAUUCGUUGAUAUAGCGCUUAGUAGAGCAAACACAUUAUUAGACGAUAAUAUUUACGAUAACAUACAUAAACAAAAUGAAUUUAGAAAACAAACAAUUCUUGGUGAUGAAUCACUUACAACAGAUGAAAAAACAGAGGCAAUAAAAUUACUUGCUAAAUAUUAUGAUAAAGAAAAAGUACUUUAUAAUGAAGGAACAAGAAGAAUUUGUGAAAGUUGUAACCAAGAAUGUUUAGCUGCAUUAUAUUGUGAAUAUUGUGUUAAAAAUUAUUUAAAAGCAAACUUUUUAAAUUGGACAUCUGGAAAUUAUGAUAUUGAUAAUUUAAUACAGAAAUGUCAAUCAGAAACACUCUCACCAGAUAAAAUUAUUGAAUGGAUCCCAUAUCAUAAUUUAAAAAAUAUUAAAUAUUUAACUAAAGGUGGAUUUUCUGAAAUUUAUAUAGCAGAUUGGAUUGGUGGACAUUUUUAUGAAUGGGACUCUGUAAAGCAACAAUUAAAAAGAAUCGGAACUCAUAAAGUAAUACUUAAAAAGUUAGAAAAUAUUGAGAGUGCAGAUCAAAGUUGGUUUAAUGAGGUCAAAUACCAUCUAACCCUAAGUAAUAAGUAUGACUUUAUAGUACGUUGUUUUGGCUUAACUCAAAAUCCAUCAAAUGGAAAUUACGUGCUUGUAAUGAGACAAUUAGAUAUGGAUUUAAGAAAAUAUUUACAACAAAAUCAUAAUAAACUUACAUGGAAAGAAAGAAUACAAAUUACUGUUAAUAUCAUAAAAGCACUUGUCAGCAUUCAUAAAGAAAAUUUAAUUCAUAGAGAUUUACAUUCAGGAAAUAUAUUAUAUGAUUGCUAUACCAAUUCUUGGUUUAUUGGUAAUUUUGGUUUUUGUGGGCCCGCUGAUAACAAAUUAAUAAUUAUAUAUGGAAAUCUUCCCUAUAUGGCACCAGAAGUAAUUAGUGGGAAAACCUAUAUUUCAUUUGCAUCUGAUAUUUAUAGUAUUGCAAUGCUUAUGUGGGAAAUUUCAUCUGGACAAGCUCCUAUUAUUAAUUUUAAACAUGAUUAUAAUCUUGUAAUGAAUAUAGUAAAUGGAAUGAGACCAAAAGUAAUACCAGGAACUCCUAUAGAAUAUAAAAAUUUAAUGAAACAGUGUUGGGAUGCUGAUCCAUUAGAAAGACCUGAUAUUAAUGCACUUUGGAAAAAAAUAAAUGAUCUUAGUUUAUUUUAUCAAAGUAAACCAAAUGAAUUAAUUCAAAAUAGUAGUUUAGAAAUAGAUAACUUAGAAACAGUUACUACUAGUAAAUUAUUAUUUACAAGUAAAGUUCAUCAAUUUGAAAAUUUACCCGAACCGAAAAAUGCAACAGAAGGUAUUAUUAUUAAUAUUAUUUUGAAUAUGAUAUUACAUUUAAAAAUAUACUAAC